AUGUACGUAGCUCGGCCUGAACGAACCAGGAAGCCGUCGAGUAGGCCGCUUUACUCGAAUGCGGUUGCAAAACCUAGCACGAAGAAGCACAAGCAAAGUCAACAAAAACGGCCAGACACGCCCACCAAAACAGCAGAAUGCAUAGAGGUAUCCUCUAGUCCAACACAUCCUAUCGCAGCACACAAGAAGCAUGAUGUGGCCCCGGGGGCCGUAGUCUCUGCCACAGCAUAUAAGCAUAUACCCCCUGGAGCAGUAGUCUCCCCGAUGACGCCCGAAGUCUUGAGAACGUUGGCAAAGCCAGGCACUUCUCAAGUAUUCGGAUUCUGGCUCCUAAAUCAAGUUGAGCAUAUUUACGUGGAUUAUAGAAAUUAUUGUUUGAAGGAAGAUGAAUACGGUUAUCCAAGGAAAACAAAGCUCGGCAUGCUCGAAGUCAACGUACCAGAGAACGGAACGGCCAUUCCGUUCGAUAUCAUGUCCGUCAAGCACCCCAGCUUCCAGAAAGUACAACUCCUACAAGGAGUGCAGUUCAUUUUCUAUUCACCUGAGUCGCUGGUUCGAUUUGCGAAUAUCUUAGUUUCAACCCUUUUUUUACCACGCCUUUUGCCCAUCGUGCCAUGUGUCCAAAUCAAACUGGUCAUUUUCGACCCCACGUGUCUCCCUCAAGCACCAGAGCUGAUGGCUUGGCAAGAAAUUGGCGUUGACCAAGAUCCCCCUGCUUCUUGGACGUUGGCCUAUAAGCAUUAUGAUGAUUGGAUGAAAGCCGUCAAGAAGUUCUGCAAGCUCCCGGUGGCAGCCCUGGUCACUCUGCACUUUUGCUACCCUUAUCGGGAUUUCGACAAUCUUGAAUCUCUUUCGAAACCACUCCGAGUAACCGAGAAUCUGGGAUUGUUGGCUAUCGACUUUGAAGGGAAAAACUAG